AUGCCACCUGCAACCGAUUCUUCCAGAGAUGACCUAACUUCCCGGAUCCUACCACAAAUGGAAUUCAGCAACGGCACUGGUCUAAACAGUCCACCCACUCCUCUCUCGGAGUCUAUUCCCAGUAAAGAACGAGCCCAAAAACGAUUCGAAGUAACAGGAAACGCCAUUAUCACCGGCGGAGCAGGAACUCUUGGCCUUGAAGCUGGCCUCGCCCUCCUCGAACACGGCCUCACCAACCUCAUGAUCUUCGACAUGAACCCCUCUCAAUCCCAAUCGCAAAUCACCCAUCUCCGGUCCACCUUCCCCUCCUCCCAAAUCCUCACCAAAGCACUCGACAUCACAGACGCCGAUGCCAUCUCCCUCGCCGUAGCAGAAACAGCUGCCAUUUUCGGAACCAUUGAUAUCCUACUCUGUUUUGCAGGGGUAGUAUCCUGCGUACACGCCAUCGACAUGACGCCCGACCAAUUCCGGCGCACACUCGACAUCAACACUACGGGUACAUUUCUGUGCGCCCAGGCCGUCGCAAGAUCCAUGAUCAGCCAAGGCACAGGCGGCAGUAUCGUGUUCGUGGCUUCGAUAUCUGGACACCGAGUGAACUUCCCGCAACCACAAGUGGCUUACAAUGUAAGCAAAGCGGCUUUGUUGACUCUCAAGAAUUGUCUCGCAGCAGAGUGGGCUCGGUAUGGUAUUAGAGUGAACUCGGUUAGCCCGGGUUAUAUGGACACGAUUUUGAAUGAAGGGGAGGGGAUCAAGGAGGGUAGGAGGAUUUGGGCGGAUAGGAAUCCAAUGGGGAGGAUGGGGGAGAAGAGCGAACUCACUGGAGCUGUUGUCCUCCUUGCUUCGAGUGCAAGUACCUACAUGAACGGUUCCGACAUAGUCGUAGAUGGUGGACAAAUUCUUCUAUAG